GUGUGCUGAGCAGUUUGACGGAGACUCUCUGCCUCCUCUAGGAAGCUAGUGGUUGUUGAAGGAGUCGAGAGCGAGAAGCCGCCGAGGAAGAAAGGAAUAUAAAAGGAAAAAGAAGAAGAAAAGAAAGAAAAGAAAAAGCCAUGGCUGUGAAUAAAUGCGUCAAAUUCCUUCUCUUCUUCUUCAACCUCCUUUUCUGGCUGAGCGGUUGCAUCAUCCUCGGAGUCUCCAUCUACCUGAAGGUCCACAAGGACGGAAACCUGAUCACCAAUGAAGCGAUUCCUGGCAUCGACCUGAUGAUCGCCAUCGGGGUGAUCAUCAUGGUGCUCGGCUUCCUGGGCUGCUGUGGAGCCAUCAGGGAGAACCGCUUCAUGCUGCUCAUAUUCUUCAUCAGCCUCCUCCUCAUCUUCGUCCUCCUGCUGGCGCUCGGCAUCCUGGGAGCCGUGGAGGAGAAGCGGGUGAAGGAGUGGGUGAAGAAGCGACUCACCAAGUUCACACCGCUGUCCUCACAACCACAGGCCGUGAGGGACGACCUGGAGAAGCUGCAGGCGGAGCUCAAGUGCUGCGGCCUCGUAAACGGACCGUCGGACUGGACUAAAAUUCCCGACUCGUGCCGCUGCAACGCCACCGAGACGACCUGCACCUCCUCCGCCCCCUACCCCACGCCCUGCUCCACCCAAAUCAUCGAGUUGAUGGAGAAACACAUGAAGGUGGUGCUGGGAAUCGCCUUCUCCAUCGCCAUCCUGCUGAUUUUCGGGAUGGUCUUCUCCAUUAUUGUACAGUACUCUGUGUAUUCGUACCGCGAAGGGCGCUGUAUAAAUAAACUUUUACUUACUUACUUACUUACUUACUCUACUGCCAGAUUGGAAGGAAGGACACCGCCGUCACUGCCUGAACACCCACAAAUGGCCCCGCCCCCUUCCCGUCACUGCCUGACACCGGCCAAUCAGCAGUUCCCGAUUCCCCACGUACUAUGUAACCUCAGUUCUACUGUAAGAUAACCUGUGCUUCUACUGUGGAGGAUGUUUUGGUGACAACAGUUAUAUAAAUAUCGUUCAGCAUCUAAUAUCGUGUACGGUUAUCCAUAGUCAAGAUAGUAAAUGUAUUUAUAAUUAAAUGAAUGAAUUAAAUGAAAUUAGAAAAGUAGAAUUCCAAAAAUAUGUUUAGCUUUACCAAUAAUUUUUUUAAACUCUGAAGUAAAAACUAAGCUAUAUAAUAAGUGAAACAAUAGUUAUUGUUUCCAUUCACACCGUGGCCUCAAAGAACAACAUUUAGGAAAAUAAUUGGAGAACAAUAUUUGUGAUGUUUAUUGAGUAUGGACGACCAUUAUUUAAAAAAACAAGACAAAUAAGGUUUUAAUGAUUAGAAAUAUAACAUGUUCAUUCGUAUCUCACAUGAAGUAUUCAUAUUUAGCAAAACGUUGUGAUAUUUUUUGUUGUUGUUGCUAUUUUCUGUUUGUUAACGGCCCUGUGGUUACAUGAAAUAUGCCUGAAAUCCAAUUUAUUGUUAUAAUAAAAAUGAAGGAUGUAUAUUUUAAAUUUAUUUUGGAUGCAGGAAGAAGAUUCCACAGGUUUAACAAAUAUAUAAUGCAGUCUGUCGAAAUGCAUUUUUUGGAAAAUAUCACAUGUAAUUUUGUGCUGCAACUCCAUUAGAAAUACACAAUGUAAUAAUAAAAUAUAUUGCCUGUGUAAAACAAUAAGCCUGGAAUUUAAUAUCUUAGACCACCUUGUUAAAUAAAUAAAUGACUUUU